GGUUGAGGGAUGGUUUGGGGAAGCAGAGUGUAGCGACUCGGCCUUCCCUCUGUAGUGAUACUUGGAAGCACAGGCCGGGGGUGUUACGUCGGAGUUCCCCGGUUUUGGAGGUCUGUGGGCCCGAUUGGCUGACCCUGCGGAUACGCGGAAACUCCCGAGCUGUGCUCCAGAACUUGGGAGAAGUAGCCAAGAGAGGAGCAAUUUCAGAGGCUCCCUGGAGGAGGAGUUAACGGUUGAGGAGGAUCAAGUUGGGAGCCAUUAAGCCCUAGCCAUCUUAAGUGUGAUCAAGCACUUUACUCCUCCCUCAGAAUGAAUGGAGACCACAAAUUGGAUGUUUAUGAGCAAGAAAAGCAGAAUUUCCUCCAGCACUUCUCCCAGAUUGUCAAGGUGCUGACUGAGGAUGACAUGAAGUGCCCAGACACGGGAGAUGCUAUAGCCCGGCUCCGGGAGAUCCUGGAGUACAAUGCGAUCGGAGGCAAGUACCAGCGGGGUUUGAUGGUGCUGGUAACAUUGCAGACGCUGGUGGAGCCGAAAAAGCUGGAUGCUGACAGUCUUCAGCGGGCCCUGACUGUGGGCUGGUGUGUGGAACUGCUCCAAGCUUUCUUCCUGGUGACAGACGACAUCAUGGAUUCAUCCCUCAUCCGACGGGGGAAGACCUGCUGGUAUCAGAAGCCAGGCAUAGGUCUGGAUGCUAUUAAUGAUGCUCUUCUUCUGGAAGCAUGUGUCUAUCGCCUGCUGAAGUUCUACUGCCGGGAGCAGCCCUAUUACCUGAACCUGAUUGAGCUCUUCCUGCAGACUUCCUAUCAGACUGAGAUUGGACAGACCCUGGACCUCAUGACAGCCCCGCAGGACAAAGUGGAUCUGGGCAGAUUCACUGAGAAGCGGUACAAAUCUAUCGUCAAGUACAAGACAGCUUUCUACAGUUUGUACCUCCCUGUAGCUGCUGCCAUGUAUAUGGCGGGCAUCGACGAGGAGAAGGAACACAGCAGCGCCAAGAAGAUCCUGCUGGAGAUUGGAGAGUUCUUUCAGAUUCAGGAUGACUACCUCGACCUCUUUGGGGACCCCAGUGUGACGGGCAAGAUUGGCACUGACAUCCAGGACAACAAAUGCAGCUGGCUGGUGGUCCAGUGUCUGCUCCGGGCCUCUCCGGAGCAGCGUCAGAUCCUACAGGAGAAUUACGGGCAGAAGGAAGCCGAGAAGGUGGCCCGGGUGAAGGCGCUGUACAAGGAUCUGGACCUGCCAGCCGUAUACGCGCAGUAUGAGGAGGACAGUUACAAUCGCCUGGUGGCUCUCAUAGAGCAGUGCGCCCCGCCCCUGCCCCCAGCCAUCUUCCUGGGGCCGGCAAACAAGCUUUACAAGCGGAAAAAGUGAACUAGAGGCUCCCAGGCUGGGGAGGGGCCACUCACUAAACUACUUGGUCUGCUGACCUUCCGUUGGCUCUUGAAAACGGAAGAAAACGGACGUGUAACAACAUCAAUUUUACCUCAGGCUAAUCGAUAUAAAUGAGUUAAGUGCCUACGGCAUAUUUCUGGUCACAAAAACACCAAACUUCUAAAUAAAGACCCAGGACACUUUUAAUAUUAAAUAAUGAAAUAAACGUGAGCUACACAUACAUUUACGAAAGAUGACUAAA